ACUGACUGCCCAUCCACUCUGACCACAGCCAGGGGCCACAUCCCACUGCCUGCCCAGCGUCCAUCCAUGGAGGUGACCACCGUGUCCCCAUCUCCCGCCUCAGCCACUGAAGGGGACGAUCUCUGUGACAUAGAUGUCACCAACGUGGCCAUACACAGUGUGACACUGCUCAUCAGCCUCUGUGGGCUGGCUGGCAAUGGGGCUGUGCUCUCCCUCCUCAGCCUGAAAGACCGUAACACUGGCAUCUUUGACUUGACUUUUAUUGACUUCCUCUUCCUGCUCUUCACAUUCCCCUCAGCCCUCCUUUUCCUGGUGGAGGACCUGUCCUGCUCUCCUAUCAUGCCCCGGCUCUACUUGAAUUUCCUUUUCCAGCUCUCAGUGGUCUCCUACUACUGGGCGCUGUACCGGCUGACAGACACCCGCAUUGCUGAUUUUGUGGAAAAGCUCUGCAAGCUCUGCUGCAGCUGCAACAUUCCCAAGCGCCUGUGGUGUUUGGUGUACAGUGUCCAGUACUGUGCCUUCUUUGCUCUCUUCACUGUCAUUCCUGCACUGACAAACCUGUGCCCAUCACACCAGCAGGAGCACUGCAGGGCAGCAGUCAACUCUGUGUUCAUCGUCAUCCUGCUCCUCUUUGCUGCACCCACGGUCAUUUCCAGCACAAUCUACUUCAUUAAGGCCAAGAGGGGCUACAAGAAGCAGCAAACCAGGAGGCGCGACAUCAUUAUCUCUCUCAUUGUUCUCUUCAUUCUCCUUCUCAGCCUCUGCAAUCUCCUGCAGCAGCUUGGUUACACCGUUGUGUCUUCCCAGGUUGUUUUCCUGCUGAACUGCAUCCACAGCAGCAUCAAACCCUUCUUCUACUUCUUGGCAGGGAGGUGCUGGAGGCCCUGCUCCAUGAAAUCCCUCCGGCUCUCCCUCCAGAGCGUCUUUGAUGAACAGAAAGAAAAAGCAGCCUGCGAAAAUGAUGCCCAAAAGGACACAGGGGUCUGAGCCUGGUGAUCCCUUCCCCUGCUCUGCUGAAGGACCCUGGCAGAGUGGCUCAGGCUUUCCUUGAGCCACCUGAUCAAGAAAUACCCACAGGAUGCCCCUCCCUGUGGUGCUGUAUUCCUGCAGGAGAAGGCAGCAGGGGCAGUGCCUUGGGUGAUUUUGGAGGGAUGCUCUGCAGGGAGCUCAUUGGAGCAUGGCUUUCCUCCUCCCUCCUGGAUGCACAUGGCUCCAGGCAGAGCAGCUGGGCUCAGUUCUGUUCCCCAGCUCUAUUCCCCAGGGAAAGAUCCUCCUUGCCUCAGCCCCAGGGAAUGAACUCCAUCUCCUCUGGCUACACACAGCAGUUUCCUGGUGUUUUCAGGGACCUCCUGCCUGCAAAGAAUGUGACACCUUAAGGCCUGGGGACACACCCAGCACGGGGUGCUGCUCAUUCCCCAAAUCCCUGUGGGGCUGAUGCCUCUGGA